AGCAAGGGAAGCGCACUUACUUUCCCGGGGCGGCAGCGACUGCGAUAACAGCCGCUGUUCCAGCGACUGCGCAGCCGCCCUCCGGAUUGGUGGGGCAUUCUCCUCCCUGGCCUUAGGAGGGGGGAGGAGGGGCGGCUGGCCGGCCCGCGCUGGGUGGUGGUGCGCUUGCGCGGCCAGCUGCAUAGCCGGCUUCUGGAGCUCAGCGGGUGGCGGCGGCUGAGGAAAGGCCAUGAGGGAACACGGGACACCUUCAAAACGUGCUCGCUGCGGGACUCCUUCUCCCACCUCGGAGCCCCCGGCGGCCCGAUCCGCGGAGGAGCCCGAGGACGACGCCGAGCCGCAGAGCUGGGAGACCGAGCGGCUGUGCUCUUUCCUCCGCGACCGCGGCUUCUGCAACCCGACGCUGCUCAGCCGCAUACAAGAAAACAAAAUCGGAUGCACUCAGCUGCUCAGCCUUGAUGAAUCGCUUCUUGAAAAUCUUGGAGUAAGUUCUUUAGAAGAAAGACAGAAACUGCUGGAUUGUAUCAGUCAACUGAAUCAAGACCAUGAAGAGACAAUGAAGAUAUUUAAUGAUCCUGUUCAUGGCCAUAUAGAACUUCACCCUCUUCUUAUCCGAAUCAUUGACACACCUCAAUUUCAACGACUUCGAUAUAUUAAACAGCUGGGAGGUGCUUACUAUGUUUUUCCAGGUGGCUCACACAACCGAUUUGAGCAUUGUCUAGGUGUCGGGUAUCUAGCAGGAUGUCUGGUCCAUGCACUGCAUGAAAAGCAGCCUGAACUACAAAUAACUGAGCGGGAUAUGCUGUGUGUUCAGAUUGCUGGGCUUUGUCAUGAUCUAGGUCAUGGACCAUUUUCACACAUGUUUGAUGGAAGGUUUAUUCCCCGUGCUCGCCCAGGAUAUGAUUGGAAGCAUGAAAUGGGUUCAGUCAAGAUGUUUGAGUACCUGGUUAAUGCCAAUGGAAUUGAAAAUGUAAUGAAGAAAUAUGGACUUGUUCCAGAAGAAGAUAUAUGUUUUAUCAAAGAACAAAUUGCAGGACCUCUUGAGUCAACAGAAGUGAGUUCUUCGUGGCCGUAUAAAGGGCGACCUGAAGAGAAAAACUUUCUUUAUGAGAUAGUGGCUAAUAAGCGCAAUGGCAUUGAUGUGGAUAAAUGGGAUUAUUUUGCCAGGGAUUGCCACCAUCUUGGAAUUCCAAAUAACUUUGACCAUAAGCGUUUUAUUAAGUUUGCCCGUGUAUGUGAAGUAGACAAUAAGAAACAUAUUUGCACCAGAGACAAGGAAGUUGGAAAUCUGUAUGACAUGUUCCAUACACGCAACUGCCUGCACCGAAGAGCUUACCAGCACAGAGUUGGCAACCUCAUUGAAACAAUGAUUACACAUGCCUUCCUUAAAGCAGAUCCCCAUAUAGAAAUAGAAGGUAGUGGGGGGAAAAAGUACACGCUUUCUACAGCAAUUGAUGAUAUGGAAGCCUACGCAAAACUUACAGAUAACAUUUUUCUGGAGAUUUUGCAAUCUCGUGAUCCCAAAUUAGCUGAGGCACGAGAGAUUUUACUGAAAAUUCAAAGUCGUAAACUAUACAAGUUUGUGGGUGAAACUCAGCCAACAGGGCAAGAGAAGAUUAGAAUGGAGCAAUAUGAGCAGCUUCCAAAAGAUGUUGCUGCUUCCACACCAGAACUUACAGAUCUAAAAGUUGAAUUAAAGGCUGAAGAUUUCAUAGUUGAUGUUGUCAACAUGGAUUAUGGAAUGCAAGAAAAAAAUCCUAUUGAUCAUGUUUAUUUCUAUUGCAAGAGUGACCGAAGUAAAACAGUCUUGAUUACAAAAAAUCAGGUUUCACAGCUUCUACCUGAAAAAUUUGCUGAACAGCUUAUCCGAGUGUACUGUAAGAAAACAGAUAAGCAAAGUUUAGAGGCUGCCAGGCAGUAUUUUGUUCAGUGGUGCAUAAACAACAACUUCACCAAACCACAGGAUAGUGAUGUUGUGGCCCCAGAACUAACACCUAUGAAAGCAAGUUGGAAUCUCCGGUGUAGAGACCAAAGUCCAGAUCGUAACAGAGAGUGUUCCAACGUCAAAACCAAACUUUUUCAGGAAAAAAAUUAAUAGAAUGGAAAUUUCCACUUAUCUGCUUCUUAGAAAGAGAUCUGCCCAAUCACAAUGCUGCAAGAAGUUUUCAUCGCACCUAUCCUCUCUUCCUUGGCCUCUUCAAACAAAGCUAUUGUGCAUAUAUAUAUCCCUCAAUCAGAAGCUGAUCCGAAUGGAAAUAAAUCACACCAGCUUUUUCUUUCAAAUAUACUUGGGGAGCUGAGAGCUACAAACAGGGAAAUUUUAACGUAAUCAAUAUUUAUAAUAAAUUCCAUAGUAAUUUCAAGAUUUUAGUUGCAGUAGAGCCAUUUUAUGUGAGGGAACAAGAAAAUUUUAUAUCACUUAGGUAUAUAUACAGACUGCAGGAAAAGCAUUUUUUCAAAUUUGGCAUGGUAUCUAUAACUCUUAAUUCUUUAUGUUAAAAAAAAAAAGAAAAGAAAAAUCAUCAUCCUUUUUAUACCCUUAAUCCCUGGGGGAGAAAAACUGUCUUAAAAAUUUAUGGGAAAGGGGUAGCUAGGUGGCACAGUGGAUAGAGCUCCGGUCCUGAAGUGUCAGGAGGGCCCCACUUCAACGCUAGUCUCAGACACUUAACACUUCCUAGCUGUGUGACCCUGGGCAAGUCACUUAACCCCAAUUGCCUCAGCAAAAAAAAGCAAAAAAAAAAAAAAUGGGAAAAAGACUUAAUAGACUUGGGUCGUGAGACGCGGAACUGAUAAUGUCCCUCUCUGGCCUUGGUUAAAACAGCAGAAUCCUUUAGAGGCAUGAGACCCAGCCUGGUCCUCUGAGGUAAGUGCGUGCCUCGAGACCAGACCUCAUCCUUCUGGCUAGUCUUCUGAGGACUUAAGGGAAGGGAUUGUCUGGAGUUGGCACUCUGGAGAAAAAGCUGUUUCUAGGGAAGAUGCCCCAGGCUCCAUUGUUCAAGACAAUCUCAAAGUCUACCCCAGGGCAACAUUGCUCCUCCUUCAGCUGAAUGACUUCCCUUUCACUCAACAAGAUUUCUUAUUUCUGAAUAAAUAAGUCCGGAAGAAGUCCUUGUUGUAAAAACACAAAUUACCACUUUCCCAAAGCAUGAUGCAGAAGUACCACUGCCUCCACAAAAUAAUUGUGUCAAGAUGCUGUUUGGGGAGAAGGACCUGGCUUUGCCGAUGCCCUCGGGACUUUCUCAGUGGCUGUCCUGUGCAGAAUCUCCUUUUCCUCAGGGUGACCGGAGUGGGAAUGGAUGAUUCAAGAACCCUUUGGCAUGCAUGUGCGCUCCAGUCCCACAGUGGAGUCCAAGGCCUUACCCAGGCAUUGCUGGUCUGGGAAAAGGGGAGUGCAGGCCGUGUCCCCAAAGCAGUUGUGCUCAGGGAUUUCCAGACUGUUCUCUAGAAAGUAAAGUCUUCCACACCCUUGAAGACCAAACUCUUCAUGGAACCCUCCACGACCCCCCUCUGGAAUGCUCUUUGCCGGUUCUGAGGCUUUAUGGCACAAACGUAUUUCUUGUGUUCAGUGCUGUGACUGCAUGCCUCCGUGUCCCAGGAUCUUCACACCUCCAGGGCCCGACAUAAGGCCUUCCACAAAAUAGACCCGGAAACCACGGCAUCCCCUGGCCUCUGAUCUUUGAGGGGAUUCUCUGAAUGGGCAGCCGCCUUUUCCUGGUCAGGCUUCCAGUUUUAGGAUCACACAGCAAAGGGAUUAGGGACAGUCAUCAAGCGUAUAUGGUAUUAUAGGUUAAAAACCAGUGGGUGUGGGAGCUGGCACAGGGCAGAGCACCAGCCCGGGAGGCGGAGGUCCUGAUCCAGAUGCAGCUUCAGACUAGCUGUGUGACCCUGCACAAGUCACUUAGCCCCAAUUGCCUGAGAGUUGGGGGGGAGCAAAUAAGGAUUAUCUAUACAUUGUCUUCCCUCAGAAUGAAUGAAUGAAUUGGUCAGCCGAGUAAGAAAGUACUGCCUCUGAUGUCUGUUCUCCAAUUCUUUUUAUAUUAUACAACAUGGGAGUUCUUAGGACCUUGAACAAAUCACUUUGUCCGGUGACAAGAGGAAAUGGGGUUAGGGAAAAAAGGGGUGGCAAAAAAAAGUGAUGUUUUCAGAAUUAUUGUGCUGUACAAGUGUUUUUUUUUUUUAUUCAGAUUAUGUAUCCAAGGGCGGGAAUAUAAUAACAAAGAUUGUCUUAUUUCUGCAAAAUGCUAUUGUUGAAUCAUGCUUGACUCUGGAACUUUAUAUCCUAAAGCCCUGUCAUUAUCAUGCACACCUUGGGGAGGUAGGGGCAGAAGAUCAGAAUCUGUUUGCAUUUUUGUCCCGUUGAGGAAGAUGCACUUUAAUUUAUGUUUGCCUUCCUACUUAGGCUAUCAAAUUAAAAUUUUGCUUAAGAAACACUUUUGCUGUUGGUGUGCAAACUUUGGUAAUUCCAUCACUGGAAUUAAAGUCUCUUGUUAAGACUAUAGCAUUUUAAAAAAUUGAUUGCUGUGACAGGCGUGGAGAAAUACAGCAAUGAAGCUUUAUGAAUGUAUCUCCAAAUAAUCUGCUCUCAGGAUUUCUUUCAUGCUACUUGUCAUUAUCCGGCUGUAAUUGGACCCAUGGUUUACCCAAGAUUGUUCUUUCAUCCAACAAGAGAAACCUGUUUCAUCUUGGCCACAAAUGUUUCAUUCUCUCAUCAACCCAUUCGUCCUGUGAGUGUAGAUGGCAUUUAGCUCAAUCUGUGUAACUUCAUUUCUAUGACCCAACUUCACAGGAAUAGAAG